AUUAUCCGCCAUUUUGGACAUACCGCAUGCUCAAAUGCUGUAGCCUGCCAGGUUCCAAGUUAAUGCAGGGGGAUGUUCAUAAUUUAAUCACAGGUCAAUAUGUUUGUUCUUGAAUCAUUCGGUUCGUAAAAAAACGUCAUUAGCUUUAGCAUUGUAUGUAACCCAGGUUUUCUUCCAGCUGAUUUUGAAAAACAUUCUCAACAUGAAGGGUAUAGUUGAAGAUCCCACCGAAAGUGCUGGUUUUGGAUGCGCCGUGACAAACCGUUUUGGUCAGCUUUUAGACAACGAGGCCGACCCUUUCGAUAUUAUUCGCCAGGCGCAGGUGGAAAAACAGAAGAAAAAGGAUGAGCUGAAAAGAACUGAUACAACAUCCAAACCUGUCAAGAAGGAGUCUCAAAAGGACAAGAGAACUCCCUUGAAUGCUGUGGAAGGCAACCAUUCACAGGCAAAAAAUGUACAGGGUCAGAAAUAUCCUCCUCGAGGUGCACCUGGCCAGGUGGAGGAGAAGGGGGAGCGACGAGUUGCCUUCCGGGAUCGGAGGCAGAACGACAGUGAGGCUCCGCUAGGAUACUCAAUUGAAAGGCCUGUGGAUCAGGGUGAGCGUGCCGCAAGGGGCCGAGGUGGUGGCCGUGGAAGAGGAAUGCGCGGCAACAGCAACUUCAGAUCCACAGAUGGCUUUGACCAGAGAGGCAAAAGGGAGUUUGAGCGCCACAGUGGCAGCGAUAGAACUGGUGUCAGGCCAGAGGAGAAGCGAGGGGGCAGUGGUCCACGUAACUGGGGAUCCAUGAGGGACCACAUGAGUGCUGCCGCUGAUGGGGCUCCCACUGAGGCAGGGGAUGGAGAUGAGGUGGCAGAUUCCGCAGAGACUGGAGCAAAUCGUGCCCCGGAGACUGAAGGCGAGGGGGAAGCAGUGGUGGAGGUUUCCGUGGAGAUGUCUCUGGACGAGUGGAAAGCCCUACAGGAACAGAACCGGCCCAAGAAGGAGUUCAACCUGCGCAAGGCUGAUACCAUUGUGCCCUCUGACUCUGUGGUCAUCCACAAGUCCAAGAAACAGGUUGAGGAGGAGGUUGAGGAGGAUGACGCUGCAGCCCUCCGUCGCCCUGCCAAUGACAUCACAGCCAAGCUGAAGAUUGACUUUGGCAGUCUGGGACGACCCUCACGGGGUACCAGAGGAGGAGGAAGAGGUGGACGAGGUGGCCCAGCCACACGGCCAGAGACCAUUUCUCCCCAGAAGCCUCCUGAGAAGGCCCGAUUCCAGCAGGGACAGGCCCCAAACCCUGACGACCCAGAAGACUUUCCUGCCCUUGCCUAAAGGAAGCGGACCAGCACUGGACCAGAGCCCAGUCUACAGGUGGCCCUUCACCUGUACUGUGCCUUAGUGGAUUUGGCUGCACUUCCCAAGAGGAGCAGGAAAUAAACUGGUUAUGCUUGUAUCUAUCCCAAAGGACUGUAUAUAUCAGAGUUCCUAUCUGCUCUCUGUAUAGUUCAGAUGAAUAGCCUUUCAUUGUAAUGGGAAAUAUGAAUACUUGACCUGUUUCUAAAAAAAUAAAUACUGUUGACAUUGA